AUGGCCGCAGUGUUUGACCUGAGCGGCGCGCAGUAGAGGCCUGGCGACGCCGACACCAUGGCAGGCAGAGCGGGCAAGCAGGGUCGGUCUGGCGGCGGGAACAGAAGAGGCGGCGCAGAGCAGGACGAAGAGGAGCAGCCGCUCCAAGCUGUCCUCAUCGCGGACAGCUUCAACAGGCGGUUCUUCCCCAUCUCGAAGGACCAGCCGAGGGCUCUUCUACCCCUGGCCAACGUCUCCAUGAUCGACUACACUUUAGAGUUCCUGACAUCCACUGGAGUGCAAGAGACGUUUGUCUUCUGCUGCUGGAUGUCCCACAAGAUAAAAGAUCACUUGUUAAAGUCCAAAUGGUGCCGCCCCACGUCUCCCAACACGGUCCACAUUAUCACCUCUGACCUCUACCGUUCCCUCGGAGAUGUCCUGAGGGACGUGGAUGCCAAGUCUUUGGUUCGUUCUGAUUUCGUCCUGGUGUAUGGGGAUGUGGUGUCUAACAUCGACCUUUCUCAGCCACUACAGGAGCACAAGCUCCGCCGCAAGCUGGAGAAGAACGUCUCGGUGAUGACAAUGAUCUUCACAGAGUCCUCUCCAGGCCACAGGACACGCUGUGACGAGGAUGAUGUCAUCGUUGCCGUGGACAGCAAGAGCAAACGUGUGCUUCACUACGAGAGGACGCAGGGUCUGAAGAAACUUCAGUUCCCAAUGAAUAUUUUCCACAGUGGCAGCAACGAGUUUGAAAUCCGUCACGAUCUGCUGGACUGUCAUGUCAGCAUCUGUUCCCCACAGGUAGCUGAACUGUUCACGGACAAUUUUGACUACCAGACCAGGAAUGACUUUGUUCGUGGGAUCUUGGUCAACGAGGAGAUUCUAGGGAACCAGAUUCACAUGUACGUGAGCCAGGACGGCUACGGGGCCCGCAUCUCCAACCUGCUCAUGUAUGACGCUGUGUCUUCGGACCUGAUUCGCCGCUGGGUGUAUCCCAUCACCCCCGAGGCCAACUUUGCUGAUGAGGAAGGGCGGAGCUGUACCCACUCCCGUCACAACGUGUACCGCGAGCUGGGCGUCGGCCUCGGGCACGGCAGCCUGAUGGAGGAGAAUGUGCUGAUUGGCCAGUUUACACUGAUUGGUGCCAACUGCAGUAUAUCCAACACCGUCAUUGGGGCCAACUGCGUCAUCGGUGACGGGGUGGUGUUGGACCGAGCAUACAUAUGGAACAACGUCCACAUCGCCAACGACGUGACCAUUCGUCAGUCGCUCAUUUGCGAUGGUGUGAGGGUGAAGCAGGGUGUUACGCUGAAUGAACAGUGCGUGCUCGCUUACAAUGUUGUAGUGGGGCCCAACAUAUCUCUGCCAGAGGGCACCGUUGUGUCCAUGCACCACCCAGACGAGGAAGAUGAAGAUGACGAAGACGAGUUCUUGAGCGACGACAAUGACGUCGCGCUUAUUAAAGACAAGACCAAGCAGAAAGCAUUCAGCCCUGCUGAGGUGGGCUUGGAGGGGCGAGGUUACCUGUGGAAGACCAGCAGCCUCGACGACACCGAGGAGGAGGAGCUAGUGCAGUGCAUUUGGGGGCUUGUGCUGAAGCCCGACCCCGAUAGUGAGAGCGAGAGCGAGGACAGCCAAGGGUCACAUGACCCUGGGAGUCGCACAGAGUCACCUGAGCUGGAUGAUGUCCGAGUGUUUCAGAACGAGGUGCACGGCACCCUCCAGAGAGGCUUGGAUGAGAACAUCGGCUUUGAUAAUCUGGUUCUUGAAAUCAACUCACUGAAGUAUGUCAAUCUCACGUGUCGUGUCCCUGAAAUCUGUUUUAAACUGUACGCCUACAACAUCACCCUGAAGGAGGUGACGCAGGUCCUUACCAGAGUGGUGCUCGAGUUCCCCUUCCAGCAGCAAGGAGCUCACAUCAGCACUGCCCAGUACUCCACCCUUCUUCUCCCUCUCCUGAAGACAUGGGCUCCUGUCUUUAAGAACUAUGUGAAGCGAGUGCAGGACCACGCCGACUGCCUGGCCUCCCUGGAGGAGGUGUUCCUGGAGCAUGAGUCCCACUGGCCUGCGCUGGUCAAGGUGCUGAUGUGUAUGUAUCAGUUGGAUAUCCUGGAGGAGGACGCCAUCAUGCGCUGGUUCUCCCAGAUUACCAUGGCAGACAAGAGCCGGCAGCUGCGCAAAAACCAGGGGCUGCUAAAGUUCAUCCAGUGGCUGGAGGAGGCUGAGGAAUCAUCCGAGGGAGAGGAGUGAGGAAUGUUGAAGAGUGAGAGGGUGUGCAGGAGGAGAGGGGUGAGGGGGUGUCACCUGGGCUCAGAUAUCUCUGCUCCACACGCUACACCCCCUGCAGCACACACCUUGACAUCUCCCUAACAAUGAGGAGCCACACAGAGUGUCCAAAAAUACCGCCUCCAUAAUCGCCGCUACCGCAUUCCCAUGGGGAAACACGUCCUCGCCUGUGUCCCCAGGGCCCUCUGCUCCCAGCCCGGGCUCCCACAGGGAGAACGUGCCUGCACCAAUGGACCUGCUUAGACCUCUUACUGUUUAGAAAACUCAGCUCUUGAGAAUGGGCAGGCUUGGGCGUGUGACAGGGUAGGAUUUGGCUUUGUUUUUUGACAGGUUUGGAAUAUGAUGUUAGCCUGUACACCAGUGGUUAUUUUUGAUGGCUGUAAAACAUAUUUAAAGACUGAAAUUAAAAACAUAAUGACAUUGGUUUUUAA